CGGAAACGUUUCACAUCCACGUCAGUACUGUAUCAUCUAUGGGUAGAUCUACAUAGUCUACAUGUAUAACAUUUGUGAUAAUUAUAGCUAAUUGUUUCUAGCCGGCCAGAUUCUUCAUUAAUUUGUGAUCAAGGCACACAACUAUGGCAACACAAUUACAGAAAAUGACUUGCUGGACCCAAUGGCUUAAGCAAAAUAUGGCAGAGGUGAAGCAAGGUAAUCUAUCACACUUACUACAAGAUUGUCUACAUCAACGGGAUCAAAAUUUCAAUUGGACUGCAACUCAUGCUUUUGCAGCAAGCUCAGAAUACUUAGGUUUCAAAGUGAUGAAAUUGUUGCUGAACAGUUUGGGAGAUGAACAUCAACUUUUAAUGAAGGAUAAAGAUGGAGAUAUUCCUAUACAAAGUGCAAUUCGCAGCAAGGCUCCAAAAGAAAUAAUUGAGCUAUUCCUCAUCAUAGCAAAUGAACUAAACGUGACAAAUGAUAUGCUGUGUUCUCGUAACAAGAAAAAUCAAACUCCGUUGUUAUCCGCAUUUGAUCACUCACACUGGGUUGCUGUAGAUGUUCUACUGGAGGAAUGUGUCAAGUGCAACAAACUGCCUGAACUCACAGGAGUAAACGCACCAGCUGGUCUGAAGUCCAAUACCCUUCUUCACCGGGCAUUUAAACGUGGAAAUACAAAGUACUUUGAUAUCUUUCUCAGAGUAUGCAAUUCAAACGGCAUAGAGGGUGACCAGCUUGAAACAGCAGUUUCAAUUCCCAACAAAAAAAACGAGACUCCUUGGUAUUAUGCAAUUCAUUAUUUGAGCAGUGACGAAAUGUUUGAGAAAAUCUUGAAGAUGGCAAAACGUUAUCUUUCACUGAGUUUCUUGUAUGUUGCCGCAGAUUCUAAAUCUACCAUGCUACACGAAGCACAUCGAAUUGGAAGCGUUCAACGUUGCCGAUUACUUAAAGAAAAUGGUGCUGAAGACACAGCUGACAGUAACGGUUUAUUCCCUAUUGAUAGGAGCCGUAUUAUUGUGCAGGAAGACAACGUGCUUAACAUAGAACAAGAGGGUCUUGGUGAAGAAAGUGCAACAAACACAACAAGUGAUAAAAAACAUCCUAGUGAAGAAAUUGCAAUGAACAUUGAGCUUUGUACCACUGGAGAUGGACCAAUGCAACGGUCAGAGAGCGCCUCCUCCAGCUUAUCAAGUUUCGACGGUGAAGCUGAUUUCGAAAAUGGUCAGGAUGUGUACCGUGGUAGUAGUGACGACCCACAGUAAAUGUCAUUC